UGUCGGUAACUGCAGGGGUGAGAGAGAGAGAGGGGGUUUGCAAAAACAUCAGGGGAAAAACUUUGCACUUGUAAAGCAGAAGGCAGAGCUUCUCUGUCAAUCAAAGAUCUAAGAUCCCCCAUCCACACCACCCAUUUCCUUUCAUCUUUCAGCUUUCCUAAGCUUUGCAGUCAUGGCACCGACCCUGGCCACAGCGUUUGCCCGACGCUGGUGGAUGGCAGUGACAGCCAUCAUCGAAAACCUGCUCUUCUCUGCUGUUCUGUUGGGCUGGGGCUCCUUACUCAUCAUGCUGAAGUCUGAGGGCUUCUAUUCGUACCUCUGCACAGAUUUAGGCAACAGCUCGAUGACAAAUCUCUCAUCGCCACCUAUGCCUUCAUCGCAUUCCAAUGAUGCAGAAUUCGAAUACGACGAUUUUAAGAAUUAUGAGGGAGUGGAGGUGGUCCCUCUGAACCAUCCUGAGGACCACCUAAGGAUGAACGGCUGGCUGAUCUGUAAGGAACAAGAUGAGAUGCUCAAUAUGGCUUUCACCGUUGGCUCUUUUCUCCUCAGCGCCAUCACUCUCCCUCUUGGGAUUGUUAUGGACAAAUACGGCCCACGCAAACUCCGUCUGCUUGGCAGUACCUGCUUUGCUCUGUCUUGCCUCAUGAUCGCUUAUGGAGCCAGCAAUCCAAAUGAUCUAUCCGUUCUGAUCUUCAUCGCUCUGACCUUCAAUGGCUUCGGAGGAAUGUGUAUGACCUUCACUUCACUCACAUGCUCCAACAUGUUUGGUGACCUGCGUUCCACGUUCAUCGCGCUUAUGAUUGGCUCAUACGCUUCCUCAGCUGUGACGUUUCCUGGGGUCAAGGUGAUCUAUGACCUUGGUGUGACCUUCAUAAUGAUUCUGGUGGUCUGGGCUGGCUGUGCUGGCCUCGUCUUCCUCAACUGCUUCUUUAACUGGCCCCUGGAGCCUUUCCCGGGACCCGAGGACAUGGACUACACUAUCAAGAUCAAGUUCAGUUGGCUGGGCUUUGAUCACAAGAUCACAGGAAAGCAGUUUUACAGGCAAGUGACGACAGUCGGCAAGCGUCUGAGCGUGGACAACACUCAGAAGCAGAAAGAGCUCCAGGCCAAAGAAGCAAACAAACUCUGCCUGUCCACCAUGGACCUGGAACUACACUGUGAGCCCAAGGAGGAGCCUCAGUCGUUUAUGAAGAGCAUUUCCAGUCCGCUUUUCAUGUUGAGUCUGGUGACCAUGUGUGUAACUCAACUACGUCUCAUCUUCUACAUGGGAGCCAUGAACAACAUCUUAGAGUCCCUCAGCGGAGGAGAUUUCAACACAGUUGAAAGAAUGGAAUUGGUAAGUCUCUACACCUCCAUUUUUGGCGUGAUGCAGCUCUUGUGCCUCAUGACGACGCCGGUCAUCGGUCAGAUCAUGGACUGGAAGCUGAAGGAAUGUGACGAUGGAGACAGGAAUGAGAAAGAACUCAACAAGGAUGAACCUCAGCCCAAACGCAGAGACAAGCAAAUCCAGAAAGUGACCAAUGCCACACGAGCCUUCAUCUUUACAAACAUCCUCCUCGUCGGCUUUGGCAUCACCUGCCUGAUUCCUAACUUACCCCUGCAGAUGCUCUCCUUUGUUCUUCACACCAUUGUCAGAGGCUUCAUCCAUUCGGCUAUUGGUGGACUUUACGCCGCUGUGUACCCAUCAUCUCAAUUUGGCAGUCUGACCGGUAUGCAGUCUCUGGUUAGCGCUCUGUUCGCUCUGUUGCAGCAACCGUUGUUCAUGGCCAUGAUGGGACCAUUAAAUGGAGACCCACUUUGGGUGAACGUCGGUCUGCUGGGUGUCAGUAUGCUGGGGUUCCUGCUACCUCUUUAUCUGCUGUACUUCAGAAAGACUCUGCACAAAAAGAGGAAGGAGAGAGAAAACAAUGCCAAAAUCUAUCUGAAAAUCAACGGCACAGAUGUUCCAGAGGCAUUUGUGUAAAGAAAAGACAAACUAAGGGACAAAACAAAGCAGAAUAAAGAGGCAGAGAUGAUGAAUAUCAUGAGAAACACACAAGCAGUGAUGGUUACACGCUAUUGUGCCUCUCUCAUUUCCAGGCUUAUUUAACUUAUGUAUGAGUAACUCAUUGGAUGAAAGCAGAAAUGAGAGACAGAAACAGAAUGAAAAGUGACAUGGGAAAAUUGGCGUUCUUUUUGAGGCAUUUUACAUUAACUUACAAGUGUUGCAAAAGUGUUAACCCUGACUGUCUUUUUACAACCUAAAUAUAAGAAAACACAUUUCAAUAUAUUACACAUUAAUAUAUGAUUUUUUCUUGCUAUUGCAAGAUUUAUAUACACGCCUGUAUGUUCGGAGGAUGGCUGAAGCAGGCCUGACCACACAGACUGUAAUGAUGCCAGUUGGGUGUCUUUCACAUAAACGCAACUCUCAUUCAUUCUUUUAACCUUAACAAGGGAUGUCAAAGUUGUAAGUCCAUAUAAGCUUACAUUAGAAAACAUAGUUUUGUUUGGCGAGGUGAUGGCUCAAAGCCGAGGCUCAAAUAUCAGGGGAACAACUGCACUUUUAACACACGUAUCCCAUGAAGCCCUCAUGACCCAUAAUUCCCUUUUCUGUCUUUUUUCUUGUGCUUGUAUACUGUAACCUGUGAUAUUUAUGCGAGCAAGUUCCCAAGGAUCUCUGAAGCACGACAUAACUCACAAAUGUGCCUUUUGUGCAGUUUACAGUGCCAGUGACCGCUGACUGAAGAACUGGAGCCAUGUAAAUCGUGUUUGUUGUUUUGUUUAAUGUAUUUAUUUUGUUUCUGAAUCUAACAGACAACAUGGACAAUGCAACCUUACUUGCAAAAGUUAACACAGUGUUGCAGUAUCUGUUUUCUUUUUUUUCUAAACAGCUUUCAUUUAUCGUUCUUUAUGGCAUUACUAUAAUAUUGAAUAAAAUGUGAUUUUAAUGACUAA